AUGCGCCUGGCCCUCUGCAGCUGCACCCUCGCGACCGGCUUGCGCAUGGCGUCGACGACGCCGCAAAAGGCGGCGCGGCGCCAGGCGACGACCGCCGGAACGCCGGCGAAGCGGCCGAAGACUUCUCCACACUUCCGCAAGGGCGCGUUCCCGCCCGUCGUCGACGAGCAAACGCGGCCGCACACGCUCCUCCUCGGGACGCAGCCGUCGGACACGUCGCUGCGCGAGAACCGCUAUUUCAUGACCAACGCGAACGUCUUCUGGCACAUCGUGGGCGAUGCGCUGGGCUUCCGGCGCGGGUUCCACGUCGACGGCCGCACAGAAGCCUGCGACUUCAUCCGGCCGCACCUCCUCCACGACGAAGAAUUGGACUACGACGACGCCGUGAAAAAGUUCACGGGCGCCGGCUACGCGCUCUGGGACACGGUGGCCUCCUCGCAGCGCAAGGGUUCCUUGGACUCGGCCAUACAAGACGCGGAGUACGCCGACGUCCGCGGGCUACUGCGGACGUACCCGUCGAUCCGCCGGAUCUGCUUCGCGACGGGUGGGGGGUCCGCCAAGAUCUUCGCGAAGGCGCACGCGGCGUGGCUGAAGGAGCCGGGCGCGUUCCGGCGCCGCGACGACGCCCUAGCAAAGGCGGCGUUCCCGAAGGUGCCGACGACCGGCGAGGGAGUGGAGCUCUGCAUCCUGCUCUCCGCCUCGCCGGCGUCGAACCCGCGCGAGACCUGGAGCGCCGCCAAACAGCGACAGAAGGGCCACUCCGAUCAGUGGGCCGCGCGGCCCGCGGCGCUCUACCCCUUCAAAAGGCGGCAGUGGUUCGACGUUUGUUUUGCCGACGAGCCGUUGGUUCGUGCCGCGGCGCCGUUCGGCGCUUUGGCUUCUGACUACCGGGCGGACGAGGAGGGCGGGGACAAGUCGUAA